AGCAGACGAUUUUAAGAAAAAUAAAGUGAUCAUUUUGCCCGAAUCAAUUGAAUUAAAGACACUUCUUUUAACUGGUGAAUUAAAACAUAAAAACAUGGAGGAAUGAACAUCAUGUGACUAUCUUUACUCCAAAAUGUCAGGAACAACUUUUUCUGGUGAGAAUAAAGUGCAACAGAGCAAUAGAAGGAGAAUGGAUAGUAGCGGUGGACGAUGUGUGAAACCUGAACCAGCCAAUGGGAAGUCUUACAUGGAGAGUGUCUACAACUUUAUCCAUGAUUUGAGUCAGGCAUACACUAAAUCUGCAAUACCUGAUGAGAAAGACACAAUAACAUGGGCGCGCUUCUGUUCCUACCCUGAUGCUCCUGAAGUAAACGAAAGCUCCAUUAAUCCACCCAUGUUGCUACUGCUGGGUUAUUCUAAUGGAAUACAGAUGUGGAACUUACAAAUAAAUGGAGAUGCCCAGGAAGUGUUCUCUUUAAGAGAUGGCCCCGUCAAGACGGCAUGUGUAUUACCACCACCCCCUGCAUCAGAUAUCAUUGACCAACUGCAAGAAAAAAGACCAUUGAUUGCUAUUUGUCUUGCUGCUAACAGCAAGCAGAUGUUCGCACAAGUCACCAUCCGGUCCUUGAGAAGCGGAGACCAAGUAAAGAGGUUAGACUUUCCUUCAGAUGUCAUCAGUCUUCAUGCAGGACCUGCUCCUCUUCUUCUUGUUGCUCUCAAAGAGUCAGUUCAUGGCUUUGAUGCGAGAACUCUUACACAAGUUUUUAUACUGAACGGUUGCCAUCCAAGUGGAGGAUUCAUUGCCAAUCCAAUAUCACUUGGUAGAAGAUGGUUGGCUUAUUCACCUUCUAUACCACUACCAGGCUUGCAAUCAUCAGGGGGUGUGGCGGGGGAUGGAGUCCCAUCGUAUGUGGCAACUGUGAUUAGUGCAGCAAAGACGAUCGGCAAAGGGAUUUCCACGUUCAGUGACACAGUUAACUGGCUUGCUGCCAAAAGUCACCUGACUGGCACCAGCGAAGAAGUCAGUCAAAGCACGUCAGUGUCAUCGCAACGUGACCGAUCGUGGGGUUCAAGAAAGUCAACAAAUACAAACGGAAGUGUGGAGCGUGGUUUGGAAGGCUCUAUACCAGGACUUGUGUCUAUUAUUGACCUCCAAAAGUUCUGCAAUAUGAAAAACUUCAACAACGAUCUCACCGAUCGCGAGAUGGAGCUAGAGGUCGACUCUAGCAAUUUGAUCGCUCACUUCGUCGCCCACGCCGGUCACGCAGUGUCGCUGAUGGAACAAAGCGCGUGUGGUCGAUUAUUGGCAACAGCAGACCAGCUUGGCCAUGCGUUCCACGUUUUUUCCGUCUUGCCCCAUCCCUGCGGGCCAACACAAGCAGCGGUCCAUCAUCUGUAUACCUUGCGUAGGGGUGACACUUCCGCUCAGGUCCAAGAGCUGAGAUUUAGUUGGGACAGUCGAUGGUUAUGUGCCAGCACCCGUCGGGGAACUUGCCACGUUUUCCCUGUUGCUCCAUACGGGGGAAAUCCUAUAGUGCGAACCCAUAUAUCGGACAGGUUGGUGAACCGAUCUAGCCGUUUCCACAAAAGUGCGGGCCUUGAUGACAUUGAAUAUACUGAACCAACCCCCAUUCCAACUUACAGACCUCUUUCAGACAACCCUACACCAUUAUCCCAGGGAAUACUAGGCUGGCAAACCCACCAUCGAGUUCUCUCCCCGAGGUCACUGACCUCUAGUAACCCGAGGUUACCCCCCCUUCCCCACCCCGUACUGGUGAAUGCAUUGGCUCACGUACGUUUGGGUCACGCCACUUCUGUCGCAGCCAGUCUUCCCGCUGUUCUCCCUACCCAAUCCUCCUUCAUGACGUCAUCAACUGACGCCAACGUAUCUACGUCACUGCCGACAACCGCUGACGUAGUUAUUGCGUCACACUUUCUCAACCUCACGCAAAAGGAUCGGUCGGUUAAAGGGGCUCCCACUGGCGGAAGGAAUGUCGCGUCAUCUGCCGGAUGUCAAAAACUCCUCGUAGUUAGCUCUUCCGGCUUCCUAACCGAAUAUCUGCUCGAGCCUCGUCCACAACACGGCCUGCCUAAAGUAUCGGAUGAUUCCCCAGUAGAGUUGUUGGCCACCGCUCGCCUUUGCUGGCCUCUUCAAAGACUUUCAACAUGGAGCAUCGUGUCUUUACCAAUCCCAAUUAAAAACGAGUUGCUAGCCAUGGACGAUCACUGUCGUCAGUUAUACGAGCUGCAUCGCAUGAGAAGCAAAAGCAACGAGUAUACUACCCGCCCGCAGAAUGUCUCUGACGUCACGGCUACAAUUUCCUCGAAAAAUCCGGUCAAAAGUGAACAGCCCAAACGUUCGCGACCCUUCAGCGCCCAGCAGCGGAACGCGGUUCCCGGUAGCGCCGUCCCUAGAGGGCAACCGAAAGCUAAAAAGUCGAGCUCGAUGUCGGAGCAAGACGCCAUAAGGAUGAACGGAAGACAUGGAUCAGAUGAAGAGAGAAAGAGAUCGAAAUCGGAUGCAGGGGUGGCCAGUGUUGCCGGGGAUGAAUGGUUGGCACAGGUUGAAAUGGUAACACAUGAAGGUCCAGCCCGAAGAUUGUGGAUGGGGCCUCAGUUCAACUUUAAACCUCUCCUAUCAACCAGCAGCACCCAUGUUCUAUCAUCUGUAUCCAGUGCACUCCUAUCAAACCAGCAGCACCUCGUGGACGGUGUAUCUGCUGUUGCUCCACCGUAUGGUGGCGCUGUGUCAGGGGAAGAUGUUUACAACGAAGAGCUUGACAUUCAUUCCUUACCAAUCCAUUCACGGUCGGAGCCUGUACCCACUCCAGCACCUCGGUAUGCUGCGUCGUUUGACGACGGUGAUAUCUCGUCAGGUUGUUGUACCACGUUAUCUCGUAUUACUAUUGAAAGUGGAUCUGGUAACUUUGACCGUGCGGCUCAUAUGCUUGAAAUAAACGCUUACGGGUCACUUGAAGACAGAAGGUUGUCCGGUUACACACUACGUGAAGGGGAGGAAAGAUUGAAGGAACGAAUUGCUGACGCAAUGGUUGAUCUGUAUGAUGACGUCACGAACCAACCAACAAUGACGUCAUCAACCCCAUUUCCGUCUACGUCACCGGUAGCAAAGUACAGAGCUGAUUCAGAUACAGCGGACUACGGAGUCGAUUUAGUGACAGAACACUUCGAGUUCAGCAGAGAUGCUCCUUCUAUACAACUACCUAGUGACGUGUAACUUUCCAUGACGUCACAAUGCGUCACGUGGUACACCUGACGACACACUACGUGCAAUAUCCUCUAAACCCUUCGAGCGUUAAAAAAAAAAAAACAGUGCAAAUUCGAUAGAAUAAAAAUUACUGUACUCCUUCUCUCGCCUCAGCGUGCUAAUUCAAAUUUACCUUAAUACGUUCGCUUUGCCUCUCCAAACCCAAUGCGCUCUAGUGUGUACAAAGCUCCCAAAUUUCGUGUAAAAAUUUCCUUAAAAAGCUGGUGGCCGGGUGUGUUCCUACGUUUUUCGACGCCGAAAAAAACGUUGCUUUAUUUUUCCAGAGGUCUUUCCUAUCAGAUGCUGUGGUGUUUUGAGGAAACUUUGCUGUCGUUUUAUUUUAACCUCUUAUACCCCAGAUACACUUACAGAGUUUUUAUAUAAGGGCGACCCAACUAUAGAUUAGUUCUCGUUUUAUCGUUUAUUCCACUUUUUAAUGAAAUAAUUUUCGGCAGUAUCCUUUUUCAACGAUGAAAUUACGUGACGUCAUAGUUUGAUGACGUCAUAACUUUCUGUUAAAAGGCAUUGUCUUUGGCCAGUGUUUUCAAACAUUUUCUGAAAAUUGGGCUUAAGAUUAUGUACUGUGAAAGUAAUUAAGAAAACCCAAAAAAACUGGUGUCUUAAUUUGGACAGAUUUCAAGCCAUAACUUUCGACUCCACCUCGCUUGCUUUAAACUCAAAAAGUUUCAGUGAUGCCGGGUGUGUUUAAAAGCUUACAUUUCUCCACCAUAGAGAUUUAUUUUUUCCAAACCUUGAACAAAUUUUGAGUUUGCAACAAAUGCCUUUUCAUUAAAAUAUCGGUGUUUUAUUUCCUGUAUUUUUCCAGUUUCGUGUGUUGUUUCUAAAUGGGAGACCACAGUGUAGAAUUCCCCCUUGUAACUUGGUAUAUUUACAAUAAAGAUAUCGUUAAUGUCACUGGCUACAAGUUGAUGGGAAGAGAUAUGACACCUCUUUAUUCUAUUUUUUGUCCCAAUUGGUAGUAAACAAAGAACAUUCAAGGAAUUAUAAAAACCGUUUCCUCAC